UUUGGUCAUAUCUCAGCAUCAUUGUGGCUGCAUUUUAUGACGUGGUGCGACUUGCUUGUCUGCUGUUUGUUCAACCCUAUCAUCUAUCACUGCCCACGGCUGUUCGACCGCUACCCGAACAUCUUCCUGCACAACAAGCGAAUCGCACAAAUGGAUGAAUUCAUGGGCUUUCUUUAUAACAUCCAUAAGAUAUAUACAAAUAAGAUAAAGAAGUAA